AUGGAGUUCAAAUAUUUGUCGAAAAAUGUGCUUCUCGGAUUUGACAACUAUAAAUACAGUUCAGUGGACACAAGUCCUGUCAGCAUUUACAUUAUGCACCCAUUCUGGAAUUGGCUUGUCAAGUUCUACCCAAUGUGGCUGGCUCCAAAUGUGUUGACAUUUUCUGGUUUUAUGCUGCUUGUUAUCACGUUACUCCUAUUCACAAUUUUUGAUUACAAUUAUGAGGCCUCUAAUGAUUUGCAACUCGCCUAUCCUCCCAUUCCUGAUUUCAUCUUCCUGGUUGCUGGUUUCUCAUUUUUCUGGGCUCAUCAACUAGAUGGGACUGAUGGCAAACAGGCUCGUCGAACUGGAAGUAGCAACCCACUGGGUGAGCUGAUGGACCAUGGAUUGGAUAGUUUGGCUUCAGUUAUCAUGCCCCUCUGUCUCUACUCAAUCAUUGGUUGUGGGGAUAGUCAACUCCCUCCAAUAAGGUUAUAUUACGUUCUGCUGUCAAUCGCAAUCAUGUUCUUCUUCACGCAUUGGGAAAAAUACAACACCGGAGUUCUCUACCUACCCUGGGGCUAUGACAUCAGUCAGCUGGGCAUGACCUUAAUAUUUUUCCUGACCUACUUAUGGGGUACAAAAGUAUGGAAAGUUGAAAUUUGGGAGGGGGGGUGCACUGCUGGCCAUGUCUUUGAAUGCAUGGUUCAUUUUUCAGUCUGGGGCAUGGGCAUUCCAAUGUGUCUCUAUAAUAUUUACUUAUCGUACAGAAACAAAACAGGCAAGAUGUUAUCCAUGUACGAAUCUUUACGACCUUUGACCCCGAUGGUCCUUCAGUGCAUCCUCUUCACUUACUGGAUCCACGCCUCACACUGUCAUAUAUUCAACAUGCACACGAGAAUCUUCAUGCUGACGUUUGGAGCUGUUUAUUCCAACAUAACUUGCAGAUGUAUUGUCAAUGGCAUGAGCAACACGCGAGCUGAAUGUUUCAACAUGCUGUUACUGCCUGCUCUCACCAUCAACAUCGUCCUGCACUCCAUGACCUCAUCAGCAGUGGCGCCGAUCACACUCGUCUAUUUGGAACUCUUCAUGUUACUAUCAUACUUCUUACUGGCAAGUGCUGUUCAUCUGCAUUACGGUAUCUAUGUGGUCAAAGAACUAGCACAUCACUACAACAUCAACGUCUUCACGAUCAAGCAGCAAAGCACUACAAAGAAUAAGGACAAUAAUAUUGCCAAUAAGAGAUAA